GGAGGAGGAGGAGGAGGCGGAGGGGAGGACAGGGCCCGCCCGCUGCCGCCCUAAGGAACCGCCGGGGCCUCGUGGCGGAGCUGCCGCCGCUCCGGCCCCGCCGAUGUUCCCCGUCCCCUUCCUCCUCCUCCUCCUCCCCCUCCUCCUCGGCCCCGGCAGUGCGGCGGCCGCCCCGGCGGUCACAGCCCGCACGCUCGCUCCCUGCUUCUCGGCCGACCUGCGCCCGGCCGUGGGGAGCCUGGUGUCGGCCGUGGGCUGCAGCGUGCUGCUGACGGCGCCCGUGCAGCGCGGCAGCGGCACCGUGCUCUGGGAGUACCGGGUGGGCUCGGAGGAGGGGGUCAUCCUCAGCUAUGCCUUCCCUCAGCCCCCCAGCGUGUCCCCGCUCUACGAGCACCGCGCCACCUUCAACGAGUCCACGCUGUCGCUGCAGGUGUUGCUGCAGCAGGGGGACGACGGCAGCUUCUACCGCCUCAGGACCCAGGAGGAGACCACGGCCUGGUUCCAUCUGCACGUCCUGGAGCCGCUGUCCCCACCGAGAAUCGAGGGCAGCUCCUUGGUGAAGGCAGGAGGCAACACCAAACUGGUUUGCCACGUGCUGGAUGGGAAGGCUGACGCCUUCUGGUGGAAGAAGAACGGGGAGCCGCUCCCGGAAAGUGAUCGAAUCCAGCUGGUGAGGAACACCACGCUCUACAUCCUGCGGGUGUCCAUCAGCGACAGCGGCUACUACACGUGCGCGGUGAGGAACGCCGUGAGCCACAACGAGACCUCCUUCCUGCUCAAAGUCCACCACUCUGCCAACGUGGUGCUGCCUGUGGUCCUGGCCUGUGUCAUCAUUGGCAUGCUCGCAGGUGUCUUUGUCUGGUGGCAGAGAAAGGAGGACUCAUGUGACAGCUGUUGGUAGAGCUGGCUGAGCUGCUGUCCCUCCCUGGUGAUGGCUCCUCUGGGAGUGCCGGGUAUCCCAUCCCAGCCUCUCCUGGCUCACCUGUCAAGUGUUCAAGCUGCCAGAACCUGCAAAUAUUUUUUUGGAAAACUUGG